CGAAGCCCAUCGCGACCGCAGAGCGACAAUGCGCCCGACCAUGAGCCUCGAGCGGUGGCUCGACGCGACGCGCCUCAUGCUGCAGCAAGAGCGCGACGCGGAGAUCGCGCAGUCUACGCUUGAGAACGAUACACUGCCCGCGAGCCUGAACCCGAACGUCCUCCUCCAUCUCCGCUUGGCAUCGGCGACCACCGGGCUCUUUGGGCGGACCGUCCUGCUGCUCACGCAAGGCCAGAACCGAGAACUGCCUUCGCACCACUUUGGCAUUGGCGACCUCGUGCAGCUAAGCGUCCCGACGGCGUCGCCUACGCCGGCAGACGCGAAUGACGGCCUCCCGCGAGGGAUCGUGACCAAGGUCGAGGAGCACGCGAUCUCGAUUGCAUUCGAGGACCUUGACAACGCGGACGAGUACCACAACCAAGCGCUUCGGCUCGAUCGGCUCGUGAACGACGCCACGUACCGCAAGCUGCACGAAGGCAUCGACCGGCUUGCCAAGUACAACGACGGCCCGGCCAUGAACAUCCUCAACGUCGUCUUCCAUGGCGGCGAGCCGCAGACCAAACCGAUAUCGCCCUUCACCCCGUCGACGCCGAUGAACGCGUCGCAGAUCGACGCGAUCGAGUAUGCGCUCGCGUCCAAGGACAUUGCGCUCAUCCACGGCCCGCCGGGUACGGGCAAGACGACGACGGUCGUCGAGCUCAUCACGCAGUGCGUGAGUCAGCACAAGAUGAAGAUCCUUGUCUGCGCGCCGUCCAACAUUGCGGUCGACAACGUCCUCGAAAAGGUCGCCGCGACCAAGCCAAAGUUCCGCGUCACGCGCAUCGGCCACCCGGCGCGACUGCUGCCGCAAGUGCUGCAGUACUGUCUCGACGCCCGCAUUGCGUCAGCCGACGGCACGGCCAUCAUUGCCGACAUCCGCAAGGAAAUGGGCGCGCUCCAGACCAAGAUGGCCAAAGCCCGCAAGCAGCGCGCCAAGGCCAGUGUCUAUGCGAUGCGCAAAGAAUGCCAACUGCUGCGGAAGGAGAUCCGGGACCGCGAGCGCAAGGUCGUGCGCGAGAUUGUCGAGCACAGUGAUGUGCUCUUUGCGACGAACGCCGGCGCCGCCACCAAGCUCCUCGCCAACCUCGUGUUUGAUGUCGUCAUCAUUGACGAAGCCGCCCAAGCGCUCGAAGCAAGCUGCUGGAUCCCGCUGCUCAUGGGGAAGCGCUGUGUGCUUGCGGGCGACCAUCUGCAGCUGCCGCCGACCAUCAAGUCGGACGUGGCAGCGCGGGCACACAUGACGCUCUUUGACCGCAUUACGCGCAUGGAGAAGACGAAGGGCGUCGUCAAGAUGCUCUCGACGCAGUACCGCAUGCACGAAGCCAUCUCGAGUUGGUCGUCCCAUGCGAUGUACGACGGCAAGCUCGCCAGUAGCGACGCGGUGGCGACGCGCAAGCUCGGGGACUUGGCGCAUGUGACGCACACGACCGAGCUCACAGCGCCGACGUUGCUCUUGCUCGACACGGCGGGCUGCGGCCUCGACGAAGACGUCGACGAUGCACCCACGCACGAGGCAUUGCGCAUCUCCAAGUCGAAUGCGGGCGAGGCCGACGUCGUCGCCGCGCACGUCCACGCGCUGUUGAACAUUGGGUUGCGCCCUGAUGAGAUUGCCGUCAUCACGCCGUACAACGCCCAAGUGCAGUUGCUCAAGCGUCUCCUCUUGCCGACGCUUCCGACGCUCGAGAUUCGGUCCGUCGACGGCUUCCAGGGCUGCGAGAAGGAGGCGGUCGUCAUGAGCUUGGUGCGCAGCAACGCGAAGAAGCAGGUCGGGUUCUUGGCCGACGACCGCCGCAUGAACGUGGCGAUCACACGUGCGAAGCGCCACGUGGCGCUGGUGUGCGACACGGACACGAUCGGGAAGCACCCGUUCCUGCAUGCGCUGAUGGAGCAUUUCGAAGCGCAUGGCGAGUACCGUAGUGCGGAAGAGUACUUGAGCACGACGUUGGACGAGACGCCCGCCAACGCCUUCGACUCGAACGCAUUACUCUCUGAGCUGAAGAAAGAUGCAAAGGAGGUAUGCUUCGUCGUCGCCUUUGCAGGAUGACCAUGUUGGACGGUAGCUCCUAGCACCCAAGGCGACACCAUUGGCCAAGCCGACGACCAAGCCGGCGCAUGUGAAGAAGAGUGUUCCCACACCCGCCACGUCGACACCCGCCACGUCGGUGCAUAGCCCCCCAACGUCGGUGCCGACGCCCUCGGUACCCGUGGCGACACCUCCACCAGCGCCAGUCGAUACCCCGGGGCACGGACCGGCGAACGACGAGUCCGAGUCGGAGGACGAGGCGCCGCCAACGACGUCGAGUGCGUUUGGUGCGCUUGUCGGUGACUCGUCCAGCGACAGUGAGCCCAACGAUCUUGGCGACGACGAGGCAAAGCCAGCUCCCAACGCCAACAGUCUGCUCCAGGACCUGCACAAGGAGCGGGUGGCUCGGCAAAAGGCGCUGGCGGCACCGACAUCAUCUUCCAAAACGAAAAAGAAGGGGAAAAUGAAGGCACCGCCGCGGAUCGAAGUGGCGCCGAUCGCGGACAAGGCGCCGGACGAAGACGACUUGGCGUUUCUAGACCGCGUCGCGACGCAAGCCAACGUCUGCACCUUUGGCUCGUGCGCGCAGCGCAUUACGCUCCUGGGCAGCGUGUGCAAGUUCUGCAACUUGAAGUUCUGCUAUACGCACGGUCUGCCCGAAGUGCACGGGUGCGGACCGGCCGUGCGCGCGUUCGAACAAGCGCGUCAUAAGACGGCGUCGUCGGCCGUCAAGAGCAACUCGUACCAAGCCAAGGAGAAGCGCAAGCUGCUGCAGAAGGCCCUCGACGAGAAGCUGGCGGCCAAAUCCACCGACCGCAAGUCGACGAAAGCGACCAAGGCCAAGUCCAAACCGUAGUGACUCGACGUCGAAACCGUGGUUCUUCAACGCACUUUAUAGUUUUUGCUGCUAAUAACUCAAAAUGGGCUUGAUCGCAGACGCGAAUGCCGAGUAGGGUUGGUAAAUAUCGUCUUUUUUUGUUCCAUAAUUGUACAUUCGCAAAG